UCUGUAUUUCACUCUUCAGCUUCGGCUUCUUCAUCUCUGUCGAUAACCUCCCGUCUUCUCUUCAGCCGGCCAAUUCCUCUGCAUGCUCCUUGAAUUCCCAUUUUUCUCGCCGGAGAUUUCAAGAUCAAGCCCCAGAAAUCACGAAUUCCCUCCCGGAGAUGUGGUAAAGAAGUUUCAACUUCCGUGAUUGCUUCGGAGUCCGCCAUCGCCAGGUGCACUCAUAAGUCGUUGAUAGGUCGACUUCUGCUAGUGAGAGGAAGGAGGAGGCAGAAAUGGCAAGUAGUUCAAAGUGGUCCAAGAAAAAACGAUGGAGAAGCCAGGUCAUUGUGGGAGGAGAAGAGAGCUCAAUCGAUCGAUUGAGCGAUCUUCCCGACGGAGUUUUGCAUCACAUUCUCUCGUUCCUGGACACCAAAUGCGCAGUCCGAACCAGCCUCGUGUCCAAGAGGUGGCGAUUCUUGUGGAGAGAUGUUCCUGCCCUCAAUUUCAGCAGGUCGGUCUGCAAGAGGACCGCCUUUGCAGAAUACAUCCGCAAUCUUCUGUCCCUCCGCUCCAACGAUGCACCUGUCGCCAGCAUCACCUUCAACUUUGUAUAUUCUUGGAUGGUACAACCGGACAUGCAUCUGUUUGACAGGAUCAUGAAAUAUGCUGCUGACUCCCGUCGAAAUGGUGGGCAUGGUCUUGACCAUUUGUCCAUUGCCCAUGCGGUCUGUGAGAUCAGAUUCGGCAUGCUGGCUGCCAGCAUUGCGGCUCAUCAUCGGGAAUCAAUCAAGACUCUCAAGGUUACUAAGUCGGAUCUCGACAGUGGCAGUGGAUUUGGACUUGGAUUCAGUUUCCUUACAGCCCUUGAGCUGCGUGGCUGCUGGCUUUACACUGGCAGGGAGAAACUCCCAGUUGAUCCAUUUGCUGGUCUCCCUUGUUUGAACUACCUCAAACUCUUUAACUGCUCCGCAACAAGUCUAGUAUUCAAGAUAACGGGACCUCAGUUGUUGGACUUCCAAAUUCAGAAAGAGUCUCACACGUCGGAGAAAAUUGAAGUGUUUGCUCCAAAGCUGAAAUCUUUCCGUUAUUCGGGUUUCAUAACCGAGCUGGUCAAGUUGAGUGCUCCAUCUCUGGAUUGGGCGGACAUACGCAUUUGGUGGGAUCCCAUGAAGAUUGAAGAGCUGGAGCUGCAUUGUAAGUAUAUGAAGCUGUUGGGUGAGUUGCAUAAUGCUAAAUCUCUCUGCCUACGCUUUGCUGACAUAUAUGACAAGUCGGGGCCUCCAAAGAGCCGGGAAGAACAACUAUCUCGUCUUACCAGCACUCCAAAGAUUUGGGAAGAAGACGAGUUUCCUCUUACCAGCAUGAAGUCGUUGAUGGAGUCCGAAGCAUCUCCGUUCACCCGGCUGAAGACUUUGAGAGUGCAGUACCCUCAAGCUCCACCAAAGACGCCUUCUGAAGUAAUCAACUACUUUUUUGAACGCUCUCCUCACAGGGUGGGAGGGAAAUCUGUCAAGUUUGAGAAGAGGAAACAAAUGAUGAAGCAACGAUGGCUUUACGUGUAGUUAGCAGGAAACACAAAGGUGUUGGAAGUUGAUGGAGUGGUAGAAGUUGUCAAGUUGCAUGUAAAGAUGUAAUCAGUCGAUCAAGCCACUUAUUUUGUCGCAAGUUGCAACCAAGCAUGGGGGUGACUAUUUUGUUAGCUUGAUCAAGCUUUCCUUCUGGAGUUGCAUGAAUUGGAUUCAUGGUUCUCUUCAUCUUCCCUUCUGUUUCUUGUUGCUUUAGUGUCAACGCCCAAUCCCUAUUUCCUGAAGGACAACUCUCUGCUUGUACUUCUUCGCUUGUUGUUGAUGUCAUAGUAAGAUAAGAGUAGUGUUGACUGUUGAGCAAGUAUGUAUAGUUAGUUAUUUUCCCUAUCAGCAGCUUACUUCUAGUCUAAUCUGUGGUUUUCCUCUUCCUCAUCAUCGAUAGGCUUCUGGUAAUAACAGGUAUG